AUGGAAGACCCCAAGGCCUCUUCAACCCACAUCGAUCGGGCGGCGGAGGAAAUGGGAGAUAUUCCCCUGGAGGGAAAGGAGUAUCGAGAGAUCGAUCCAAAUGACCCCCAGAACUGGACAACGACCGGGCGACUGACUACCUACCUGACCAUCUGCUGUUUCACCUUCCUCGCCAAUGUCAAUUCCAGCAACUUCACCGUCGCCACGCAGGCCGUGGUCAAGGAGUUCCGAGUCUCGCAGACUCAGGCCGGCGAGCUCGUCUGUUUCAACGUCUUUCUGUUCGGCCUAGGCAACGUCUUCUGGGUGCCACUGAUGCGAGUGGUAGGCAAACGACCAGUCUACCUCAUCUCCAUGCUCAGUCUGAGCAUGAUGAAUGUCUGGUCCAGUCGAGCGUCCAGCUAUGGCGAACUACUCGCCUCGCGCAUUCUGUCGGGCUUCGUCGCCUCCGCCGCAGACGCCACGGUGCCUGCCGUCGUCUCGGAUAUGGUGGCACCGCACGAGCGAGGCCACUACCUGAUGAUCUUCCAUCUGGCCAUGACGGGGGGUCUGUUCGUCGGGCCGUUGAUCAAUGCGUACCUCGUGCAGGAGGAGAACUGGCGCUGGAUGUGCUAUUUGAUCGCGGUUGCCGUGGGCGUCGUCUUUAUCAUGGCCAUUUUCAUGGUCCGAGAAACCUCAUAUUACCAACGGCAAGCCUCGGGUCCCAAACGGACCUGGUGGCAGUGGAUGUCGGCGACGCGAGGGUAUAACCCCGAGGCCUCCUUCGGUCGCACGCUACUGGAUAUCAUCUGUAGCGCGGCCUAUCCACAGCUUAUAUGGGCGGCUAUCUCCAUCGGCAUCUGCACGGGCUGGAAUAUCGUCGUCCAGUUGACCGCGUCGCGCACGUUCACGGCAUCUCCGUACAACUGGCCUGCCGGCAGUCUGGGUCUCCUCUCACUUUCCGGGUUUAUAGGUGCCGUUCUGGCAUUCUACCUGGGUGGUCGACUGAUCGAUAUCAUCUCCACCCGGUACACGAAACGCCACAACGGCCAGCGUCUCCCGGAGUAUCGCCUGCCGGCCAUCAUUAUCCCUGGCACGAUCGGACCGGCCGGAAUCCUUAUUUUCGGGCUCUGCAUCGCCAACGAGGUCCAUUGGAUGGGAUCUGCCGUUGGAUAUGCCAUGCAGGCCUUCGGGGUGGCUGCUAUUUCGAAUGUUGCGGUGACAUACUCAUUAGACUGUUAUAAACCGGUAACUGGCGAAGCGCUGGUCAUUAUCUUCGUCAUCCGCAACACAAUUGGAAUGCUGCUGUCGCUGUAUGCUGCCGACUGGAUUAGUCGACAAGGCCCGGCGGCCGUUUUUGGCGAGAUGACUGCCAUUCAGGUGGCGAGUAUGCUGCUCUCCAUCCCAUUGUUCUUCUGGGGAGUGAGAUUGCGGAAGGCCACGUCGGGAUAUGGGCCGAUGAAGCGGUUCCGGGAACAGGAUGAUACAUAG